AUGUUCGACCUGGGAGUUGAACAAAAACAACGAGCAGAAGAAUUAGAAAAAAAACUUGAUGUUUUUAAUUUAACAUAUAUUCGUCGUUGUGCUGAAAUUGAAGCAAAGAAAAGAAGAGAUCUAGAACCAGAAACGUUGUGGGAAAGUAUAUGGAAUUGGUGGGGUGGAAGUGAACCAGCAGAUAAUCCGGAACUUGAUUUCGAAAAAGUCAUGACACCAGAGGAAAAGAAGAAAUUAUAUGAUGCAAUUGGUUAUGAGGGAGAAGAUACUUCAACAAUAACUUAUCCAGAAGAAUAUAUCGAUAUAGAUUUAGCUAUUCAAUUGAAGUUGCUUGAUGUUAAUGUUUGGUCAAAAAUUAAUGAAAAUGAUGCUCAAUUUCGAGUAAUUGCUCGAGCAGCCAUACCUGAUACCGGUUUAAUCUUUAAACGAAGACCAGCUAAAUCAGCUAUUGCGAUCUUUGUUGAUUUGGGUUCAUUUCAAGUGUUUGGUAUAGCUACAGAUUUGCAACAAUCUGAAUUUUCCAGUAAUAGUCGUCCUGUACUUGCUCAACCUGUUUCUCGAUCAUUAUCCACAUCCAAUCAACAAAAAUUAUUACAAGUUGAAUUUGAAACAAAUCCAUUAGAUGGAUCAUCAGAUUAUCGUGUUAAAGUUGUUUCACAAUCGCUUGAGAUUAAAUACAAUGCACCAACAAUAAAUAAAUUAUCUGAAUGUUUUGAACAAGAUACUCAACGUAAUCUUCAAGGUGUUAAACAAGCUGCUUAUUCAACUUAUACAAAUGUUAAACAUCGUUCUUAUAUAUUAAUGAAACAUAAUAUUGAAAAAAUGGUAUUGUCCCGAAAUUCGGAAAAAAAAAUCCGGAAGAAAAAAUCCGGAGGAAAAAAUCCGGAAAAAAAUAAAUCUGGAAAAAAAAAUUCGGUAAAGAUAAAAUCGGGAAAAAUUCUGUAA